UAUAAUGCCUUGCGUGAGGAGUUGCUUGAUACCUUUAAACCAAAAUCUAUAGAAGUGGUAAGUUUGACCCAUUCUAAUUUACCAAUAAUUGUCAUAACUGCAUAUUUGGGAACCCAUUUGUUAUGGCUGUAUGAUGUACAGCGCAGCUAUCUUUUUUUUCCAUUUUUCAGAGAGUGCAAACUGCCACUUAAGGCUUUUUACUUUGGGCUUUUAGUUUUGCCAAAAAUUGGUUGGUCACAUAUUGACUUCUUACAAAUAUUUAAACUUGUUUUGUAAGAUGUUUUAGUAUAACUUAUUUUAAAAAAUAACAAAUUUUUCAGACUGGUGAAGGCACUCCGACUACCACUGGCUGGUUUGAGGUGCAGGUUGACGGCAAGCUUAUCCAUUCAAAGAAGGUUAAUCUGUACAUUUUGUUUUAAUUUAUAAAUUAUUUUAAAUUUAUGGCUGAAAUGGAAUACAUUUAAAGUUAUCUAAAAUCAUUUUUCAAUGCAUGGUUUAAUAUUUUUUAAACGCUUAAUCAUUCUGCUUCAUGCAUUUACAGAAUGGAGACGGCUAUGUUGAGCCUGGAAAGAAGAUGCAAAAAAUAAUUAAUGCCAUACAUGCAGCAAUGUAAGACCAGAAAUCUUACACCUAGGUGCUUAGGCAGGGCAGCGUCUCAGGUAAGUUCAUCCAUAAAAUCUUCACUUAAACAUUUCAGUUUUGCAACUAAAAGUUAUGUUUUCUAAUUCCGUGAAAACGUGUAAGCAUUUGUUAUAAAAGAAUUUGAGCCAAAAAUAAGUGUUAAAAAGCGUGUGCACUUAAUUGGCUAUUUUAUAAAUCAAAUAUGUCUCUCCUAAAGGGCAUAAUUUGUUUUUCCUUUACUAUAACAUUUGCUUUUUCUCCCCGGUCUAACAUUCAAUGAUUUUGUUUUCCAGCUAGAACCACUUGAGCUUUUUCACUGAAGGAGAUCUUACAAUGAAUGGUCUUGAUUAAAGCAGUCAAUGCAAAGGUCAAGGACAUGAUGAACAGAGUUGUCCUCCUUGAUUUGGUUUGAUUGGUCCUGGACAGAUUGAUGUUGCUCUGCUUUUCUUUAUUAUUAUAAUUAUCCCAAGAUAUUCUUUUAACUCAGGCAUAAUUAACUUAUUUUUUUCUUUGAUGUGCAAAAUAUGUAUGAAUUUUUCAAGUGCAUAUUAUUGUGGCACUUUUAUACUUGAUGUUUCCGAAGUUUAGCCAAAACAAUUUUUUUUAAUCCUUAUCAUUUAGUUAGAGUUAGAGAUGCGUUAGAACAUAUUAGUUAAUGGCAAGUGGCCCCAAAAAAUUAUACCAAUAUUGUUCUUUUUUUUUCAAUGUUAAUUAAGCUCCAUAAACUUGAGUCUGCCAUUAAGUAACAUAUCACAAUCUUUGACUUAAGACUCAUUAAACAUGUUGAAAUUGUUCAGUUCAUGAAACACUACAAAACAUGGCAAAGUUCAAAUUUUGGGCCCAGGAAUUUUUUUUAUAAUGAUCUUUGCCAGAGAUUAAUUGACUGAUUUGUAUGUUUGGAAUUGCUCACCUUUUGAGUGCUGUGGUUGUAAAAAAAACCAACAAUGUUUUGUAAUAAAUCAUUAUGAUCUCAGUUGGUAGUCUAUUU